AUGAACGAACCUGAGCAGUGCAUCAUCUGCUUGGAUCCUCUGCCGCGCCCCUCGUCGUUGUCCUCGCCCUCGCCCUCGCCUUCGUCCGUGAACGGUGCCAGUACUGGUGCUGGUGCUGGUGCUGGUACUGGUACCACCAGUGCCACCACCAACCAUGGUGCAAGUGCAGACGCAAUCGACUCGACAGCUGCCGUGGCCAAGGCCGUCGCUGAAGAUACCAAACAUCUCGACAUAGUUGCUGCUCUGGAUGGAUGCGAACAUGUUAUUCAUGAUGCCUGCAUCAGAUCCUGGGCUCAAAAGACCAACACCUGCCCCAUUUGCAGGACACCCUUCCACUUCGUUCGUGUAUACAACGGUGUAGAUGGCACUGCCAUUUCUACCUACGAUGUCAAAGACAAGAAACAAGUCGCCGAAUUCGAUGUGCAAGCCUGGCUUGGCGAAAAUAUAGUAGACGAGGAAGAGGAGGAAGGCAACCCUUGCCCCAUAUGCAACUCGGCUGAGCGAGAGGAUAUUUUGCUACUGUGCGACAGUUGCGAUGCAGCCUACCACACCCAUUGCAUCGGGCUUGAUCAUAUUCCUGAGGGCGACUGGUACUGCAUGGAAUGUGCUCACCUCUUCCAGCUCACGGAUGAUCGCCCAGAGCGAACGGAUGCCGAGCCAGAGUCACCCCGACCCCAGCUGGUUCAACGUCCGCAACCACGCGACGUGCGUGGCUAUCAUGUAAGGACUCGCCAGCGUCUCAGGCGAGCGCGCCGCCAAGCUCGUAAUGCUGAGUGGCAGGGUGCCUGGGGCCAAUUUUCUGGUCGUUUCUAUGAGAUGAGCGACCUGGACCUCGAUAAUCACGACGAUGAGGAUGAAGAUCUCGAGCAGUACCGUCGCUUCCAGCAGCUCGACCGUCGGGAGCUGGAGCGGUGGCAGCAGCGUAUGGAUAUUGCGAAUCGCCUUGGUGCUCGCGAGACUUUUGCAAGCACAAUUCCGCCACAAAUUAGUGAGCGAUUGCAACCGCCCCCUCCACCCAUCGAGGAGACUCGUGACGAAAGGCGUGCAUGGGGUGCCUUCGACCGUGCUCGAGAAGCAGAAGUCACGCCCACUGCGCCGCGUAAACGAAAGAGCCGGUCGGUAACAGCAUCUCCGGCUGAACCCGCUCAAGAACCAGAGAGGAAGUUGAAACGUCCGCGAACAAGAAGAUUGCCUACCCAGGCUGAGGGUUCUACCUCAGCUGCUUCACCUGCCGCAUCUGCCGCAUCCGCCGCGCGUCCGGCCACAACCACUGCCGCAAGUACUUCCACGGUGACCGUGGGAACAACACCUGUUACAGCGACGACUGGUGUCAAUGCUACUAAUGCUGGUACCAAUGGUACCAACGGGACGUCGGUAAGAAACGGCAUCACUCGUAUGGAGAGCGCAACGCCUCUGGUGUCGUCGCUGCUCAAAGAGUUAGAACCAAAUCCUCUAUCCGAGGACGAGACACCGGUAUUAACUCCAAAUUGGCGUGUGCCUCCAGAGGCAUCGUCGCCUGCUCUCUCACCCUCACCUUCAAACCACAGUAGCCCUCGAGCGCUGUCGUUGACUCCACCACCUCUUCCGAGUCUCAACGGUCGGCCGACAUCUCCGACCUUGUCACUUAGCACACAUAUUGAACCACGAUACCCCCCAGCAAACUACUCUCCAACUCGAUCGAACAGCGAUCAUGGAGAUGCCGACGCACGUUCACCCAAGGGCGAAGUGCGUCCGCUAGAACUCCGUCAACCUCGGCCACGACGGGCACAUCAAGCGCCACCGCAUACCGAGGAAAGCUCACCUACUCGGUGGACGAUGACGCAGGAAGAAAAGAAAAGCAUAAACGACAUUGUCAAAAUGGCUUUGCGACCUCACUGGCGGGCGCAGAAGUUGACCACAGAACAGUAUGCAAUGAUAAAUCGCGAUAUCUCUCGAAAGCUUUACGAUGAAGUAAAGGAUGCGGCAUCUCUUGAUGAAGAAUCUCGGCGAAUCUGGGAGAAGAGGGCCACGCAAGAGGUGGCACAGGCGGUUGCCGAACUUUCAGCUUGA